UGUCUGCUCAGGAUGUGAAAUCCGUGGUCUGUGUACGAAGUUUGGUGUGGGACACGUGUCCAGUGCAGGCCAGUGACACUGAGUGGGAUUUAGCUUAAAGUUAUCUUGAUUGUAAAUAUCUCUGAGGAGCCACAUAAGGAAUUUGGAGUCCAACUGUUCUUAAAUUUUAUGGACUCUACUGGGUGGGUUUUAUUGAUGAUAGCAUAAUAGAUAAAAAAGAGAUUGAAGCUGCAUCUUCCUCCUAAAUUUUGGAGAAUGGGCUCGCCCCUGACACGUGUGAUUAUCUCAUUUAUUCACAGAUUUUGUAGUUUUUAAAAACUGGCUACAGGUUUUAACUUGUUCACAGCCCAGGGCAUGAACGUGUGGGAACCGCAGGGGAAAUGCUUUGUCCGUGUUAGAGCCUGAUAAACAAAAUGGGUGAGACCACUUACAUUUUUAUCUGUUAAAGUUUAUAAGAACCUAAGGGAGUUUGGGGGGGGGGGGUUUCUUAUGGAUGGGGUUUUUCGGUCUGGUUUUUUUUGAGGAGGAGUUGUGAUUGUUUACAGAACUUUUAGUACUUGUAGACAGCAAGAGUUAAAGCGUUUUGGCCAGUGUUGUUUGGCAUAGCUUAUGAGAUAGGGAUUAGAUGAAAACCUUAUUCUUUUAUUUUUUUUUUUUAAUUCAGUGCUUAGGAAGCCCUUCGCAGGGGUACUACUGGGACAGGUAGCUUAUUACUGGGACAAGUCAGGAAUCGCUGGAUUGUCUCGACCUUGCCUCUACAAGGCACUGCCUGCAGGCGCCUCUUUGCCCGUUUUGGCUGGAUUUGGCAGCCGUUUGAGGUCGGAGGCUUUCCGAGGGGUUUUUUCCCAAGAUGUUUUCUGAAGGUCCCGAGGGGUUUUUCCCGAGGGGCGCCGGGACCCCUGAGCCCUGCAAAUGGCGGCGGCACCGUGGCUACCAGGACUACAACUCCCGUGAUGCCCCGCGGCGGCGCGGUGACGUCACGGAGGCGCCGGGGAGCCCGUGGAGCGUGGCCCCGACGGGACGGGCCCGGCGGGAACCACGGGAGAGCCCCGGCCCGGGCCGGGACAGAGCGGGGCGAUGGCUCAGGACCGUGAGGGGCCGCCGGCCAAGCGCUUCAAGGCGGCGCAGCCCCAGGGCCGCACACCGCCCGCCCACGUGCAGCGCCGCUCGCUGCCCAUCGCCGCCGCCCGGGGCCCGCUGCUCGCCCGGCUCCGCCGCCUCGACAGCGCCGUCCUCAUCGGAGAAACAGGCUCAGGGAAGACCACUCAGCUCCCUCAGUACCUGUACGAAGUGGGGAUUGGCCACCCCGGCCUCAUUGCUGUGACCCAGCCCCGCAGAGUGGCAGCUGUCACCCUGGCUGCCAGAGUGGCAGAGGAGAAGAGGACAGAGCUGGGGAAGCUGGUUGGCUACACCGUGCGCUUCGACGAUUGCACUUCUGCCGAGACCAGGAUCCGGUUCCUGACGGAUGGGAUGCUGCUCCGGGAGGCCAUCGGGGACCCUCUGCUGCAGAAGUACAGCGUGGUCAUCCUGGAUGAGGCCCACGAGAGGACAAUCCACACGGAUGUGCUCUUUGGAGUGGUGAAAGCUGCCCAAAGGAAACGGAAGGAACGGGGCCUGAAGCCACUCAAAGUCAUCAUCAUGUCAGCUACGAUGGAUGUUGACCUGUUCUCCCAGUACUUCAAUGGAGCUCCUGAUUAUUUGGAAGGCAGACAGCAUCCCAUUGAGAUCUUUUACACCAAGGAGCGUCAGAGUGACUACAUCCAGGCAGCACUGGUGUCCAUCUUCCAGAUCCACCAGGAAGCACCUGCAUGUCAGGACAUCCUGGUUUUCCUGACUGGUCAGGAAGAAAUCGAAGCAAUGACCAAAACCUGCCGAGACAUUUCCAAGCAUCUCCCCGAGGGCUGCCCACGGAUGACAGUGUUGCCUCUUUAUGCUUCUCUGCCCCACCCUCAACAACUCCGUGCCUUUAAACCCACCCCUGAGGGCUGUCGCAAAGUGAUCCUCUCCACCAACAUUGCAGAAACCUCCAUCACCAUUUCGGGGAUAAAAUACGUGGUGGACACAGGAAUGGUCAAAGCCAAGAAGUACAGCCCUGACACUGGUCUGGAGGUGCUGGCAGUGCAGCAGGUGUCCAAGGCCCAGGCCUGGCAGCGCACGGGCAGAGCAGGCGGCAGAAGCGGGAUCUGCUACAGGCUCUACACAGAGGAGGACUUUGAGAAGUUUGAUGAAAUGACAACACCUGAGAUACAGAGGUGUAACUUGGCCAGUGUGGUGCUUCAUCUCCUGGCCCUGAAAAUUCCCAACGUUCUCACCUUUGAUUUCAUGUCCAAACCAUCCCCUGAUGCCAUUCAGGCAGCGAUUGAUCAGCUGGACCUGCUGGGAGCUGUGACACAAAAGGAAGGGCAGCUUGUCCUGACCCCCCUGGGAAAGAAAAUGGCAGCCUUUCCUCUGGAUCCAAAGUUCUCCAAGGCAUCCUCCUGUCCCCCAAGUUCCACUGUGGCCGAGGAGAUCCUGACCAUCGUGUCGCUGCUGUCAGUGGACAGUGUCCUCCACAACCCCCCUGCCCAGAGGGAUGAAGUGCAAGCUGUCAGGAAGAAAUUCAUCUCCAGUGAGGGGGAUCAUCUCACCCUGCUCAACGUGUACAGGCCUUCAAGAAUGUCAAUGGACACAAGGGAUGGUGCAAAGAGAACUUUAUCAACGGCAGGAACAUGAGGCUGAUGGCAGAAGUCAGAGCUCAGCUCAGGGACAUUUGUGUAAAGCUGUCGGUCCUCUGGAGUCAUCCCGCUCGGACACGGGGAGCAUCCGGCGCUGCCUGGCCCACAGCCUGUUCAUGAACGCGGCCGGAGCUGCAGCCGGACGGCACCUACAGCACGGUGGACUCGCACCAGCCGUGGCCAUCCACCCCUCCUCGGUGCUGUUCCAGUGCCGACCCUCCUGCGUGGUGUUCAACGGGCUGCCUCCGCACCAACCGCUGCUACAUGCGGGACCUGUGCCUGGUGGAUGCCGACUGGCUCUACGAGGCUGCUCCCGACUACUUCCGCAGGAAACUCCGGACAGCAAAGGGACCUGA